AUCAGUCCAAGGACAUUACUCCGGAGGCGAAGAGGCUGGAACUCGCGCAGCGAGCGGUGCAGACCGAGCUUGCCUCCUGCCCGCUGCCGCCCGCUGGCCGGGAGCCGGCUCCGCUAUUUGGCGCAGCCCAGCCCGGGGCCCCUCUGUUGGGCUCUCUGGGAGAGGAGGAGUGCCUGGGACAGGAUUAGAGAACUCCGCCCUCCACUUGUUAUUUUGCUUAUUUUUCUUUGUGCGCUCCUGUUAGUUUCUUAAACCAGAUCUAGUCCCGGAAUCUUUCUCCUCACUUCCCUUCCUCCCGUCCUCCCCACUUCAGCUCCCUCUACUUCCCUUCCUCCCUCCUAUCCUUCUGCAGGAGACUCGCAGCGACGGAAAGUUGCAGCCCCUGGUCCUGCCUUGGGGGUCUCCCGGCUGUGUCCAACUGCCGCCACCCCUCUCCGACUACAGCGCUUCGGAGAUCUCCUCUGCCCGCUCCGUCGCUCAUUGCAGCCGGAUCGCCAGUGCCCAGAACGCCCCCCGCCCCCAACCCAUGACGAUGCUCCUGGACGGAGGCCCGCAGUUCCCCGGGCUGGGAGUGGGCAGCUUCGGCGCGCCGCGCCACCACGAGAUGCCCAGCCGCGAGCCGGCGAGCAUGGGGUUGAGUCCCUUCGGGGACUCUCCCCACGCCGCCGCCGCCGCGGCCGCUGCCGCUGCCUUCAAGCUGAGCCCCGCCGCGGCUCACGAUCUAUCUUCUGGCCAGAGUUCUGCAUUCAUGCCACAGGGUUCGGGUUACGCCAACGCCCUGGGCCAUCACCAUCAUCACCACCACCACCACCAUCACCACACCGGCCAGGUGCCCAGCUACGGCGGUACCGCCUCCGCCGCCUUCAAUUCCACGCGGGACUUUCUGUUCCGCCAGCGCAGCUCCGGGCUCGGCGAGGCUGCCCCGGGUGGCGGGCAGCACGCGCUCUUCGCUGGCUCGGCGAGUGGUCUGCAUGCUCCAGCUGGCAUCCCCGAACCACCAAGUUACCUGCUCUUUCCCGGGCUGCAUGAGCAGACCCCCGGGCACCCGUCGCCUACCGGGCACAUGGACAACAAUCAAGUGCACCUGGGGCUGCGCGGGGAGCUGUUUGGCCGUGCGGACCCGUACCGCACGGUAGCCAGCCCGCGCACGGACCCCUACACGGCCGGCGCGCAGUUCCCCAACUACAGCCCCAUGAACAUGAACAUGGGCGUGAACGUGGCGGCCCACCACGGGCCUGGCGCCUUCUUCCGUUAUAUGCGGCAGCCCAUCAAACAGGAGCUGUCGUGCAAGUGGGUGGACGAAGCUCAGCUAAACCGGCCCAAGAAGAGCUGCGACCGGACCUUCAGCACCAUGCACGAGCUGGUGACACAUGUUACCAUGGAGCAUGUGGGGGGCCCGGAGCAGAACAACCAUGUCUGCUACUGGGAGGAGUGUCCCCGCGAGGGCAAGUCCUUCAAGGCGAAGUACAAACUGGUCAACCACAUCCGAGUGCACACGGGCGAGAAGCCCUUCCCAUGCCCCUUCCCGGGCUGCGGGAAAAUCUUUGCCCGCUCCGAGAACCUCAAGAUCCACAAGAGGACCCAUACAGGUGAGAAACCUUUCAAAUGUGAAUUUGAAGGAUGUGACAGGCGCUUUGCCAACAGCAGCGACCGCAAGAAGCACAUGCACGUGCACACCUCGGACAAGCCCUACAUCUGCAAAGUGUGCGACAAGUCCUACACGCACCCUAGCUCCCUGAGAAAGCACAUGAAGGUUCAUGAAUCUCAAGGGUCAGAUUCCUCCCCUGCUGCCAGUUCAGGCUAUGAAUCUUCCACUCCACCCGCUAUAGCUUCUGCAAACAGUAAAGAUACCACUAAACCCCCUUCUGCAGUUCAAACUAGCACCAGCCACAACCCUGGACUUCCUCCCAAUUUUAACGAAUGGUACGUCUGAGGACAAACACAAACCCUGAUAACCAUAAAAUGGACCAAAUGCAUUUUAAAAAGAAAACUGAGGCCAAUCAAACGGAAAUGGAGUUUUAAGGCAAGAGGCCACAUAUAGGGCAACAUCUUGUUCAUUGUAAUUGUCUAGGAAGGUUUCUGGGUAAAAUCCAAAAGUAGGCAUGCCCUUUCUCAGGAUUAGGAAAUAUGUUUUGGCAUUUGAAAGAUUAAAAAAAAUAUUUUCACUGCUUUCUCUCUCCUUUCUCUUGCAUACCCCAUCCCUAAACUCUUUCAGUUCAUUUUAAUACUUGUCCUGUUUUUUGAGAGGAAGUUAUAGAAGGCUUGGUGGUGGUGAUGUUAAGCUGAUUCUUCGCCUUAGUGGUGAUUGUUUAAACUCUCACAGUCUUAAACUGUGCCAAAGUCCUGUUAUGUCUUGAACUUUUUCUCAAAGCAUUACUCUUGUGAAUGUAUUUUUGUCUAAUGGGGUCAAAACUGUUGGUCAGUAUUUUUUUCAGGCUGAGGAUGUGAUGUUACUCUACACAGAUUGUGACAUUUAGUAUACAGUUGCCUUUUGUAAUAACUUUUUUUUUUGUAAAUACAUACUCAUGGAUGCCAUAUUUAUCGUUGUAAUUUAAUUAUUGCUACAAGUGCCGGGAACUGAACAAUAUUUAUGGAUAAGUGUUUUCUAACAAAUUCUGUACAGCUGUUGAUUAUAACUGCGUUAGCAUUAAAUUUUAUUGUUUUGAAAGAAGAACAAAAUUUACAAUUUUUGAACCACUGACUCCUUUCUCUUGUUUUGUAACAGCCUCCUAAAAAGAGGAGAUUCGAGCAAAUGAAUCUUAUCUGUUGGUAUUUAUAACUCAGAUCCAUUUUUUAAUUGUUAAAUUAUUUUUCUACUGAGGUAUGACACUUACAGUGUCAGUUUCCAUCUGGUAAGAUCAUCCUUUCUUUAUCUCUAGCUCAGAUGGUUCUUUAACUGCGAGUUUAAAUGUGCUUGUCCCCAAUUUUCGGCAUGCAAAUCAAAUAUUACUGAUCAAUCCAGUUAGUGGCCAUGACAUCUCAAUCUUGUACUUCAAAGACUGAGAAGCUGGAUUUAAUCAUCCCUGCCCUACAUAUAUAAACAUGAGGUAACCUAAUGAGUUUUAUGUCCCUUGCUUUUUUAUUACCUUACAUAAAAAUGAACAUCUAGGCAGGAUGCAUGUCCAUCUAUUCUAUUGAGAGAUUACCCAUACACCUAUAUAUGUUUGUAUCUAUGACUUACCUAAUCUGCCUAUCAAAUCUAUCUAGCUAGCUAGCUAUAUAUUUUUAAAAGUAAGCACAUCUGAAACAGUGGUGAUGAGUAAGGCCAGUUGAGCCUGCUUACUUAUGGUUAAAGUGCUUCUUAAAAAAUAAACCAUAGUCCAUUUACAAUUUGGGAAGGUAAAGUCUGAUUUGUUUUGCUGUAUAUAGUUCAAUUCGUAAUUUUCACAAUUAUUCAUAAUCUUUUUAUAGUGGUAUAAUAACUGCAGCAGUUCUGAAAUUAUAUUAUGGAAAGAAAAAUCAUUUGCAAAAUGUGUAUUUUUAAAGUUCAUGGUUUGUAGGCAAAGAUGUUAAAAGCAUUGUUUCCAUUAAAAUCAAUAAUAAUGAAAAAUGGUUGUUUGCUUUGUAAUAAAAUAUUAACAAUCCAUUUAAUCUUUAGUGAAGCAACUCAUUUGGACAAUUUUCACAGUUAUAUAAAAAAGAAACUGCUUACUAUUUUGGGGGGAUUGGAGUGGGUAGAGAAUUAAGAUUUCUUUUACUAAUUUAGGGUGCUGUUUAAUAUUGAGAGCCCAAUCUCUGCAUGAAUAACCAGCUUGCAAAUCAGUAAAUAGAAUGGUGGAGAUAAGGAAUUGUAAAGAAUUUAGAAAUGUAAUGAAUAGGCUUAAGUACCCUCCUUCUCUUGAAGGGGAAAUGAUCUAGGUUUUUUUGGUGGCAGUCAAUUUGGUAUUAUACAUAAUCAUUUUGAAUUCUAGAAUUUUGUUCAUUGUUAUUUUAAAAGAAAUAAAGUCUUGGCACAUGUUAUUUAUGUUAUAACAUUUUUGUAUUUGGUGCCUGAAUUUUUAAAUGUUUAAUUAAGUUAACCUUAAAUUAAAAUGCUCAGAACUGAUGAUUAAAAGAAAUUUUGAUUCCCUGGA